AGAAGUGGUAGGUAAGUGAAUGAAUUACUAUAAAAAUCUCUAAAGCCUUCACAAAAAUCCAUAGACCCUGGCAGAAAUUUUCCAUUUCUUUGUAUUUUCUUGCAUAUUGCAAAAGCAAACAAUUCAUACAAACAUGACAGUGAAGAAGAUAACAUGGAAAUCUCUCAUGUUAAGCUGUUACAAUAGCAAGGACAUCAUCUCUCCAUCUGAUUCAGGGGAGAAGGAUUCGAAACCAUGUCAAUUCCAAAGACUAUCGAUGUCCGACGUAAGUGAUCGGAGCUCCCCACUCUCUGUCGACGAUCUCUCCACCUCUCUACUCGGCUCAAAUCUUCAUGUGUUUACCUUUGCGGAGCUAAGACUAAUAACCCAUAAUUUCGCACGCUGUAAUCUGCUCGGUGAAGGAGGGUUCGGACCGGUUUACAAAGGUUUCAUUGAUGACAAGCUUAGGCCAGGAUUGAAGGCUCAGCCGGUUGCUGUCAAGGCACUGGACUUGGAUGGCUUGCAGGGUCAUAGGGAGUGGCUGGCUGAAAUAAUCUUUCUUGGUCAACUGAGGCAUCCUCAUCUGGUUAAGUUGAUUGGAUAUUGUUAUGAAGAAGAUAACAGAGUUUUAGUGUAUGAAUAUAUGCCAAGAGGAAGCUUAGAAAAUCAACUCUUUAGAAGGUAUUCAGCUCCCUUACCAUGGUCUGCUAGGAUGAAAAUUACCUUGGCAGCAGCAAGGGGCCUGGCCUUCCUACAUGAAGCAGAUAAACCAGUAAUAUUUCGGGACUUUAAAUCUUCAAACAUCUUGUUAGACUCUGAUUACAAUUGCAAACUUUCGGAUUUCGGGUUAGCAAAGGAUGGUCCAGAAGGCGAACAGACUCAUGUAACGACCCGAGUUAUGGGCACACAAGGAUAUGCAGCUCCAGAGUAUAUCAUGACUGGCCAUUUGACAACAAUGAGUGAUGUGUACAGCUUUGGAGUGGUUCUCUUAGAGUUACUAACAGGGAAACGAUCGGUGGACAAUAGCCGGCCCGGUCGAGAGCAGAGCCUUGUGGAAUGGGCAAGGCCAUUGUUAAGGGACCCUAAGAAGCUUGAUAAGCUAAUAGAUGCUAGACUUGAGAGACAAUUUUCCUACAAGGGGGCUCAAAAGGUGGCUGCAUUGGCAUACAAAUGCUUGAGCCACCAGCCAAAGCCAAGGCCUAGCAUGGGCGAUGUGGUCAAGAUCCUGGACUCUGUUCAGGGGUUUGAGGAUGAAUUUGUUGGACCAUUUGUUUAUGUGGUGCCAAAUGAAACUGGUGAUGACAAGGAGUUGUUUACGACAAAGGAUUGCGGUGUAGAAAAACACGAACUACAUCGUUGUGGUUGGCGGAAUCGGAUCAAAUUGCCUCUUUCUUUGGUAGUUAAUGCUGAAUCUCCAUGUGGCAUAAGCAUUUGAGAAUUUCAGAUAUAUGUGGUCGAAUUUAUGUGGUUUAAAAUGUAAAUAUUGUGAGGGCAGUUCAAAGAACAGCGAAAUGAAAAACAAAGGUGGAAAUUUCGAGUGGAAUACACACUCAAUUAAACCCUCAAA